AUGAACUACACUCAACCAGAUAUGCCCGUUCGAGUCUUGGACUGUGAUACCAUUACGCAGGUAAAGGAGAAGUGUCUCGAUGCGAAAUACCGUACAGUACCGUAUUCGGAUCGACCAAAUGCAAAUGACUUGGAUUUGGAGUGGCGAGCGGGUAUCAACGGUCGUAUGGUGUUGCAGGAUAUUGAUGCUACUUCGCGUGUAGAACCAAAUGGUUGGAAACGUCUGAACACGCUGUCACAUUACAAUGUUCCGAACAAUGCCGUACUGAUGUUGAUCGCUAGGCAAAAUUCGUUGUAUAAU